AUGAGCCCCGUCAGCCUGGUCAUGGCGGCGGUGUUGCAACGGAACAUUAGAUCAGAUGUACAUGAAGGGAAUGAAGAUGAAAGAGAAGCGUUGGUACAAGAACAGAAGUACUGUCGAACUCAGGCUCACAAGCUUUACCUGGAAACAAAUCGCAGACGAAAGGCUCUAGAGGAGAGAAGGAAACAGUGGGAUGUUCAGGAGCAGAGACUGAGGGAGAAUAUUCUACAGCAGCGCCAUCAGAGGGUCCAGGAUGCCACAGAGAACUUCCAAAGAGCUCAUCUCCCUCCUUCCCAGAGAAAAAGACCAGCAGCCUUUAAGAGAAGAACACUCAACCUUGAUGAAGCACUUCAUCAUAUUCAGGGCAGUCCGCACUUAUACACUCAACAAUCUCCAUUUUUGGCAAGUGGCUCCACCAUUAGCAGGAGCUGCACUCCCUCCCCAAAGCCUUCAGGGGGCGCCCGUCACCUACGUGCCUUAUCUACAGCUGAGGCCUACGCCAAACUCCUGCAGGAGAAGAGCCUGAGUAACUUCAAGAACAACCAGCUGCUCUUCCUCAGUGAGCAACAGGAGACCCAGGCUGUUCUGAAAGAAAAAGAGCAGGCCGAUCUACAGGAGUAUCUUGAUACCCCACAUAGUGAGACAGAGAGUCUGUCUAGUCUGGACAGCUUAGAGAAUGGAGACACUCAGAAGACCCAUGACACUACACCGGUUUGUUGCUCCCACAAGAGCACCACCUGUACCCAGUCUUUCUACCUCCCCGUGGAUCCCCCUAAGCUCCAAGACCCCAAAAAUACUCCAGCACCAUUCAGACAGUACAACAACCCAUGUUCACCAUCUCACCCCUCCACUUCUGUAGCAAAGAGCUUCCUGGAGGAAUUCUUAAAUCAGGAAAGCAAACUCAGUCUCAACUCACCCUCACCAAAGGAUCAUGAGUCAACAGAAGAAAACAGGAGUCUCCGGAAUUGCACGCAAGAAAGGUUUGAUAACUCAAAAGACCAAUUGCAGACCUUCAACACCCAUAGUUGCCAAAAAGAGUUGACUCAGCAGGACUUAGCAGCUAAUUCAGAACAUAUGACUCAUGAUAAUGACAGAAACGCUCAAGGGAACAUUUUGAAAGACAAAGGAUCUGUGGUUGCCCACUGCAAAACACAAGCCGUGCCAGAUACCACACCCCUGGAAUUCUCAAGUCUGACUAAAGACUUCAAGUCAGAAUCCAAGCAGCAGACAAGAACCCUGGAGGAGAAAUAUGCUAAACAUUUCUCAGAAACACAGACGGCUCUUCCAGCCAGCAGAUGCAAACACAGUAACAGUUCUUUCGAAGCCUUUUCGUGCUCCUCUGCCGUAACAUAUCGAACUGACAUGAGUUCCUCAAACAUACAACCAAUAGAAGAACUGAGUUCUUCACAGUCACAUAAACGCAAACCAGAUGUAUAUGUUGCCACAGGGCUCAAGAUAGAAUUCAAACCGCUGAGCAUGGAGGAGAGUAUAAGCAUAGAUCCUAAAAAUGAAACGGAUGUCACCAAAUUGGCAAAAGCUGGAAUGCUGAAUUCUUCUAAAAGCAUGGAGGAACCAAACAGAACAUCUGCAGACCCCGUGACCCAUUCUGCCCCUAACAACGUCAGAUUCCUGAAAGGGAUCCUUAAAAACCAUUUAAAAUCCAAAUCAGGCAAUGUCAAAUUCACUUACACUCCUGGCCAUUUGCUUUUCACCAAAGAAGUGGCCAUAUUAAUCCGCGACAGCGUAGAGCUGGCCAGGACAAAAUUCAAUGAGCCAGAGCAGAAUAGGACGGUUAAGAAGAAACUACGCUGGUUUGAUGAGGUAGAUGGAGUUGCUAACUUGCCUCAACAAACCCAUAAACAGCUCUCGGCAGAUCACUCGGACCAUGUGAAUUUACUUACAGCUUUAUCAAAGAACAUCUCCAAUAAGACCUCUGCUGUCCCCGCUGGGCCCCAAUCCACUAGACAGGCCUGGGCAGAUGUAGGGCCCCAAGAAAGCCGUACACAGGAGCCCACCUCUCAAAGAAGAGCCCUCUGCACUGGGGGCCCACGGACUCCCCGGAGAGCGCGCUCAGCCAGAGUCGGCUUGUGUCCCGUUACCUCCCGGGCCAGGAAGGGCACUAUCAUCAGACCGCAAUCUGCCAGGGAAGCGCAACAUGUGGCCAAGACCCAGGGGAAGAUUUUGGUGCCUCGACCCCCUCCAAAACCUGAAGCUGUGGAGUGUAACUUAGCUGAGGGUCCCGUGUACAUCUCAAAGGCAUCAUGCAAUGACGAAGGUGUACAGAGCAGACCGGAUCUGCAGGAUCUGGCCCUUUGCAAAGACACUCCAGAUAGCCAGGCAAUAGUUCAUCGGCCUACCCUCAGAACAGAUGCUAUCUGUGCUCCAGUGCCACCCUACUGUACCUUCACCCAUGAGACAGGCAUCUGUUCCCUCUCCCCUCCAGAUGCCCUUGCAGACAAUGCCAGGUGCAGGUGUGGAGAGAACGGGAUAUGUUUGGACCGGACUCCAACAGAUGAGGAGAUCUCACUGCUGUGGCAUGGAGUCCGAAGUGCUCUCGCCAGUAAAGACGGUGACCCUCAAAGUUUUCUUGCUCACAAUGGCCCGUUGUCUUCUUCGCCUCAAGUCUGUGCCAGUCUGUCCCAUGUCACUAUCAAUGGUGAUAGUCUGAUCAGUGGUGUCAAAGGAGCCUCAAAAAUGGGUGGAUUUUUCUUGUCUUCCUCUAACAUGAGAAGUCCAAUAAGGAGACAGGCUAUGGGGAGUAAUAUGGUGAAGAGCCGAGUUUCAGUGGAAAACAGCAGGAACCAAACGGCAGGAACAACACAGAGAAAGCCUAGUUUUCCUUAUCAGGUCACUGUGCCAAAACCUCAAUACCCAAAUAAAAAUGGUCAUGCAGCUGACAGUGAAGGCCCUGAGGUGUCAGACGGUGCUCAUGAAGUAGAGGACUGUGCUCCGACCCAUAAGAUCUGCAACGGUCCGAUUGGUCCAUUGAGCCAGAGAAUACAGUCGCUCAGUGUCAGCGCUCUGUCACUAGAGGAGCAGAAGAUCCUGCAGUCACUCGAGAGACUUAAUCAACGCCUGCAAUAUGUGCAAGAUACAGCUGGUGGCAACCCAGCAGUGAGGGGCAUCUUUACUUUGGGUCCUGCAUUUAACCAGACCGGUGAGACUGUAGGUGUCACCGUGCGUAGGCGAGGAGCCUCUGCUGAUAAUCGCACCCGAACUCAACAACGUUACUGACUACACCUCCCAUGAUCCACCACUCCCUCAAGCACCUUCUCUCAGCUGCACUUUGCAAGCCUUUAAACUUUACGAUCAUAUGCUGUAUUUUGCUGAGACAUACUCAAAUACUUUAUCUGAGUGGUAUUUAAUUGUUUUUUAAAGGCAUAGUUCACCCAAAAAUUAACAUUUGCAGCAAAUUUACUCACCC